AUGCCUGAUGAGGACCGUGCGGAUCUGAGGAGCGAGCUGUGGGUGAUGCACUGUCACGCCCCUCCCUGCGCCCCGGUCUUCAUCGCAGCCCAGCAGCGCGGUACCGGUACUUACACCCCCCUCUACCUGUCGCCUAAUUCCCACGCGGACAGCUGCAGCAGCAGGUACAGCGACAUGCCCAACGGGGUACUUGCACUCGCAGUGGACCCUCCCACCCACAAGGCCAAGCUUUUCUUCCAGUCUCUGCGCUCCGGCCGCCCUUCUCCCUUCUCCCUCCCCAAAACAGACCCAGUCCCAGUCGCUCCAAAACAUCUACUUCUCCCCCCCAGGAGCAAAAAAAGAAAAAAACCCAACCGAGUUACUUGGGCUCCAAGUACUGCUCGACCUUCCACCCCCAAGCUUGGGACUCUGCGAGAACCUGAAGCUGAACCCCGAUACCUGCGCAGACACCUGGCCAUCUCGAGCUUGCGCUGCACGUCUGGCCCGCGGAUCCACAGCCUGCAACUGCAACAGCUGCUCGCCGUCCGGUCUGUUUGCUGCGACCUGAGCUGCAGUCUGCCGCCACGAGCAGACGAGGCAUAUCGCGUGCGUAACGAGCUGCGUGCGUUGCGUGUUCCGCCGAGAGGGAAAAAAAAAACACACUGGGGCGACUUACGUACUGUACCGGCUACACGCCAUUUGCAGGCUGACUGA